AUAUGACUAGUUUUUAUCAGCGAUUUUGACAUACUCGUCAUACUACGAGAGCUAUAAUAUUAUUAAUAAUAAUCUAAUUUUAUUAAAGUGUGUCAUGGAAAACAAAUCUGUUUAUAAAAUAAUGAAAUUAUUUGUCAUUAUUAAUCAAUCAAAAGUUUCAAAACUCGUCUGAAAAUAUUUAAAAUUAUUUAGCAUUCUUCAAAAAUUGAAAAUACCAAUAUCACAUUUGAAUAUACGCGCUGUUUGUGACGUCAGAAACGGUAUAUUCCGAGAGGUUUUCGAUCUUCAUCGGUAAUUCCAGUGUGUGGCGGGCGCAGCCAUAUUGAUAGUACGGAAGGUGUAAAGUAUAAGAAUUUGUGUUGUAGUUCUGUGAAAAUAAAUCUUAAAUCAUCCCAAAAUGUCUGAACGAGAAGAUAAUGUAUACAAGGCAAAAUUAGCUGAACAGGCAGAAAGAUACGAUGAAAUGGUGGAAGCUAUGAAGAAGGUAGCUAAGCUGGAUUUGGAAUUGACAGUAGAAGAAAGGAAUCUCCUUUCGGUAGCUUAUAAAAAUGUAAUUGGAGCUAGAAGAGCAUCGUGGCGUAUAAUAUCUUCUAUAGAACAAAAAGAAGAAGGUAAAGGUACAGAUGAUAAGCUCGAAAUGAUACGUCAAUAUCGUUCCCAAGUAGAAAAAGAACUUAGAGACAUUUGCUCAGAUAUACUUAGUGUAUUGGACAAGCACUUGAUACCGGCUGCGUCCUCGGGUGAAUCCAAAGUUUUUUACUAUAAAAUGAAGGGUGAUUAUCACAGAUAUUUAGCCGAAUUUGCAACUGGUACCGAUCGUAAGGACGCUGCCGAACAUUCAUUGGUAGCUUACAAAUCUGCCAGCGAUAUCGCAAUGACAGAAUUACCACCAACGCACCCGAUUCGGCUCGGGCUGGCACUCAAUUUCUCGGUGUUUUACUAUGAGAUACUCAACAGUCCGGAUAGAGCGUGCCGAUUGGCUAAGGCCGCUUUCGACGACGCUAUCGCCGAGCUGGAUACUCUUUCCGAAGAGAGCUAUAAGGAUAGUACGUUGAUUAUGCAACUCUUGAGGGACAACCUCACCCUAUGGACCAGUGAUAUGCAGGGAGACGGUGAGGCAGAACCGAAAGAGCAGCUCCAAGAUGUGGAAGAUCAAGAUGUAUCAUAACUUGGAAACGCUGUUUGAGGCAAAUACAUUGAACUGUUGAGUGCUGUGUAGUGCAGGGCGUUUGCCCGGACAUUGUGAAAGGAGGGCGGGGUAAGCGUACAAAAAAAAACCGGCUUGCCCCCCAACCUUCCUGGUACAUACUGUAUUAUUAUUAUUACUAGCUGUAACAAUAUAUUCUGUAACUGUUUUGUCUCUCCCAAAUGAAUGCGACUGAAUAUGUAUGAAUGUAACAGUACCGUUUUUCCCUGGUCUCGUACGGAUUCUCUAUCCGUAAGGGAAAUAACGUGUAUGUGCUAGAACUUACGCUUUAGGUAUUUAAUGUUGGAAAAACAAAUUUUUUCUUUUUUUUUGUACUUUUAUUUUACAAUAAAUUUGCUGAGUAUUUUACCGAUGGUAUGAUGAUGAAGAAGAAAGCAGUAUUUGUGUGUGUACCCUCGUUCUACAUUUUCGAGCAGUACAAUGAAAUUUUUGGCAGCCCUGUUUCUUUGUUGUGAUAUUAACGUUUUUGUUACAGUUUUUUUUCUCAAAUUAAACGCGAAUUAAGUUCAUCUCGUUUUGUAUGAUUUUUUACAAUUUUAUCAAUAAAUUUGUUGAUUUGCCUAAAUUUUAAUGGUCUUUGUUGAAAAAUAUUUGAAAGAUCCUUAAUACUAAAGAAUUUUGAACUACUGGCCUUAUUAUUAAAACUACGUCUUGAGGUAUGGUACUUUUGAACUACUGGUAUCACCAUUUAAAUUUGCCACUUGAGUUUGUUCUUGCAUUUUACAAGACACAAAUUUGGUUUUGUUUCUAAUAACUCAAGUUUUAAGGGAUGGUACAUUUGAACUACUCAUACUGUUUCCACUUGUUUUUUUCCUGCAGUUUAUAAGACACAAAUUCCUUUUUUUUCGAUUAAUUGUCUUUUCAAGGGGUGGUACAUUUGAACCCCUCUUACUGUUUCCACUUGUUUUAUUCUCUACAGUUUAUGAAAAACAAAUUUCCCUUUUCUUUAGAUCAAUUGACGUUUUAAGGGAUGGUACUUUUGACCUACUGGUAUCACCAUUUCCAUUCGCCAUUUAAGUUUGUUUGAAAUUUUAAAGUUUAAAUCUUUUAAGUUUAUGGUAUACAAAAUUUGUUUCUUUUCGAUUUGUCAAUGCAGUACUGAGAACAAUUUUGAUUUUAAUAACCAAAUGAAGAUUCGUAGAAGCGUAUAUAGGAAAUGGAUCGUUUCAACUACCAAUAUUAUUUAUCAUUACUCUGUUUAUGUCAUAUUUUGAACUUUUCUUAUAUUAUGGACCACAUGUACGCCGGAAGAAAAUUUUGGAAGUACCAUACUGUUUGAAAAAAUUGAUAGAAACUAUUACCUUUCAUGUCCCCUACGAAAAUUGUUGUUUUUAAUAAUAAUUAUCAAGUAAAAUGGACACUUUAUAUAAAUUAGUGCUUGUAAAAAAUUUUUCGAAUUUACCCUCAACCAAUUGGAGUUUUUAUUCGUUUGAGUGCAAAAUAAUUGGGAAUUUUAAUAUUUUCUAGUAUAAUGCCCUAAUUUUUGCUAUUUUUAUGAAAACUAAGUUCAAUAUUAAUUCGGAAAACUAUGUGGGGGUAUAAUGGAAUAAAAAUAAACGAUAUUGUCAACAGCUGAUUGAUUAUUUUAACUGUUUUGAUUAGUUCAACUCGUGUUCGAACAACGAAGUUCAUAAAAAUCUAAUAAAUGCACUUUUUGGUAUAAAAUAUUUCCAUAAAAUUCAUAAAUACUGUUUAUAUUCAUGUGUGAAGACGUCUCAAGGCUUUGACAAUUCCUCCUUGUGAAAUAUCCUCCCUAAAACUUCCAAAUAACAUCCAAUUGGAGAAAAAUAGCCAAAGACACUUUUUGGUAUAAACUUUAGUAUGUCAAAUAAAAAUAUGGCAUAAAAGUCAAUGAAACUGUCUGAAUUUACAUGUGAAGACGUCUUAAGAUUUUGGCACUUCCUUCUUAUGAAAAUCCUCCCCAAAACUGUUCCAAAUCACAUCCGAUUGGAGAAAAAUAGCCAUUUUGGUAUAAACAGAACAAAACAUCUGCAUAAAACUCGUGGAAACUGUCUGUUAUCACGUGUAGAGACGUCUAAAGGAUUCCCUACUUUUGUCUUCGUGGAAAAUCCUCCAUAAAACUUCCAAUUGGAGAAAAAUGGAUAGAAGCAACUUUUUCUAAAAACUGAACGAAACAUCGGCUUGAAACUAGUGGAAACUGACUUUAUUCAUAUGUACUUUAAAGUACACUUUAAAGUUUCAAAUCACAUUUCCGUCAUUAAAUAUACAUUUUUUCAAUCGAAACAAUAUACAGAGCGUUUAAUUGAAAAGAGAAAAUGUUGAAUAAUAAAUUUUAUAAAAACGAGGGUAAAAUAUUACCUGUAAAUGAUCUACUGUCUUACCUUCUGACCAAUUUUUAGUAAAUUUACUGUUAGAAAAUGAUCUUUGACAUUGUGCUACUAUCGUAGAGUUAGAAGCAUGGAUACGACUGUUUUUAUUUCCAAAAAGAAAACACGCAUAUAAAAAAUAAUCCGUACAAAUUGCAUUCCGCUCUAUUGCAUUUUUUUAUAGGUGUUGAUUUUACAUGUCUACGAGCAAUAAUACCGAUCGCGUACAAGUAUGCAGGAUACAUAUAAAAAAAUUUUAUUAUAGUCUGUUUGGAAAGUUUCGUUAUUAGAUUUUUUUAUAAAAAUAAAUUCUAUCGAAUGAUUACUUAAGGGUUGCAAUUGAAAGGGGUCGGGUUUGAUUUUUGAUGUAGCUUAUGCUGUGGGACAAGUAUUACCGGGAAAUUUCGAAAUAAAUUUACGUUUCAAAAUCACAUAUUUUUGCCAGUAUGAUUAAGUUUAAUAUUCGCUGAAUUAAGGCCAUUUUACCAUGAUUUCCUCUCGCAAAUAACAUAAAAUUUCUCUUUUUAUGAGAGUCUUUAAUAUUCUCUGAAAAUUAUGCAUAUGUCGCUUAUUUUUUCAUUUUGUCACUAUAAUUGCUAUUUUUUUAUUUAUAGCCCUUUACUACUCAAAAGCUCGUGAGACAAAUUUUUUUUCUACAAAACUUUUGCCACUCAAUUUUUUCCAUAGAAAUGAUCAUUUAUCGCUUUAUACUUCAAUUUUUUCUACCAAAAUAUCCAAUUUUUUCACAUACACCCCGAAACAACAUGAGGCAUUAAAUUUUUCCACCAACAUACACAUUUUUCUAUUAUCCCCUCAAUUUUCUCCACCAUAACAUGCAUCGUUUUAUUUUCAACUCGCUAAUCCGUAAUUUUUUCCACCAAAAUUUUCAUUUCUUUUCCAUACACCCCCCAAAUAACAUGAUGCCUUUAUUUUUUCCACCAAAAUGUACAUUUUUCUAUUAUUUCAUAAUUUUUCCCUCCAAAAAUAUGCAUUUUCUCUAUUUAGCCUUCAAUUUUUUUGUACCAAAACUGCAUCAUUUUAUUUGCAUUCCCAAAACUCGCUAGCUCCUAAUUUUUUCCACCAAAAUAUCCAAUUUUGUGACAUACACUCCAAAACAACGUGAUGCCCUAAAUUUUUCCACCAAAAUAUACAUUUUUCUAUUAUCCCCUAAAUUUUUUCCUCCAAAAAAUAUAAUAAAUUUAUUUAUUUUUAUUCCCAAAGCUUCUACACCUUCAACUCUACCACCAAACUAUACAUCCAGUUUUAAAAAUCAGGAAGUAAGUAUUAAUUACUCAAAGAAACGUAAUUUAUUAAAAUCUUAACGUGCUUUAUCUUGGGGGGACGGUGGGAAAAACAAUAUGUGAUUUCUAACUAGGGGGGCAAAAUAAUCAAAAUGAAAUCAUUUUUACAUAAUUAAUUAAUCACCCUUUUUUAUUUAUGUUUGAAGUUAUAUGAAAUUUGAAUUAUUUAUAAUUUUACUUAUAACCUAACAAUUUUUCAUUUUUUAGUUAAAAAAAUUGAAAAUUUCAAAACAAAAAACUUCAAAAAAUUCAAUUUCUCAAAUAGAGUUUGAAGAAAUCAAUUUUCCUUUUAAUUUAAAUACACACUGAUGACAAUUAUGAGAAAUGAUGAUUUAUUUUCACAUUUUUGUUGUAUCCUGUAUAUAUAGUCAUAAAUAAUCGACAAUCUAUAUCAGGUUUUGAUGUAACUAUUCGGCGUUUAACAUCACUUGAUAGGUCUUGAGAAAACUGGCAAAAAUUACUUAAUAAUAAUAAUAAUACUUUCCUGAAUUGGUUUUAAUAAAAUUUUUUGUUUCAAGAAUUAUGAUACUGCCAUAAUUCUACAAAAAGAAAUCGCAGUAGAAUGCGCUUGGUACUGGUACUUAAAUUAGAUGCUGGUUUUUUGAAGACAAACUCCAUUUAUCUAUGUCUCCUCUCUGAAAUUGUACUUGCAUUUUUUAUUAAGCGUAUGAAUGUAAACAAAGCUGUGUAGAUUGAUAUAAAACCAUUUGAUGUA